UUCGCAAACUCCCUUUACCUCCUCUACGAGCCUCCACGGCCUUGCCCUGCGCCGCUCGCCCGCCGCGCAACCACAAGAACAUCAAAUGCGGCUGUUCCAUGAAGAGACAGGCCCGUCAUGGGCCUGUCAGAGGUAUAGCAGUACAUAACAGCACUAACGACGCCGCAAAAGUGUCGUUAGUGUGCUCACGAAGGACGCGGAUGCAGGGUAGAGGGCUAGCGCGGCCGAGAGGCUGCAUAAAAGGUACGUUGUAUGUCUUAUCCGCUCUGCUGACCCUCCUCACAGCCCAACUCACCACCCUCAUCCGUGUGGCUCUCACCGCGUGUCGCAGCCCUCUCCGCUCAUCCCGCCGCAUUGCCACUGCGUGCCAGGUUCCCACUGCAGUCGCUGUUCCCAUCACCAUCAGAGGAACACAGCGCCGCCGCCACUGCGUCUGCCCCCCCCACUCCCGUCAACCCUUCGUGUUCACGCUCAACGUGCCGACAGACGCGGCGGGGGCUACCGCGUCGACGAGAGUAGCGCUUCCUCCCCGAUCGCUCCCGCGCUGUAUACCGUAUCUUCCGAACCACGCCCGGUGACGGCUCCGUCCGAACGUGAAGUCGCGCCAACAAUGCUUGUGUUAGCUUUGACUGCGGCCUUCCUUAUGUGUCUUCCCUAACGUCUGUGUUUGUUCAGCCUCGGCCACAAC